AUGGUCCUAGAUGCAAAACAACUUUGUGACAUCAUAGAUCUACCAAGAGAUGUCAACAACCUUGUAAAAUUGCGCCAUCUUCUUGUUCAAGAUGAUACAAUACACUCUAGCAUCAACGAGGUUGGGAAACUAAAAUCAUUACAAGAGUUGAGAAGAUUUGUGGUCAAACAAGAUCAUCAAGGUUUUGAAUUAAGGCGGAUAGGACAUUUGGAAGAGCUCCAUGGAUCACUGUGCAUUGAUAGUCUUGAAAAAGUUCAUGUACCGGAAGAAGCAGAUGAAGCAAAAUUGAUGUUGAAAAGCCACUUACAUGAGUUGAUACUACGUUGGAAUAUUAAUUGGCAUGCCGAUGAUUUUGCACUCCAAAAACAUGUUCUUGAAAGGCUUAAGCCAAAUCGCAAUCUUCGAAAGUUAUCCAUUAUAGGGCACAGAGGAGGCACUUGCCCUUCAUGGCUGAGUAUGAACCUCUCACUCAGUAGUCUGAAAUCUCUCUGCCUACAUGAUGUAAACUGGAAAACAUUUCCACCUAUUGGAGAUUUGUGGUUAGUAAAUGUGCCCCGUGAGGAAAUCUCAAUCAAUAUCCCUGAGAAGAGGUUUGGAAAUUUGAGAAGGCUGGAACUUAUACACUUGUCAGGGUUGAAAACGUGGGCUGUACAUGCCCCUUGUCAAUUGUUUCCUUAUUUGGAAGUGCUUAUCAUUAGGGAUUGCUCUCAACUUGUGGAAUUGUCGUUUUCGCAUUCUGCUGGUUGUUGUCAACAAGGGAAAGAUGCAAAUGACAAUUUAUUUCCUAGACUGAAGGAGCUCAAGAUUAAGAGAUGUCCACAACUAUUGUCAUUUGCACCCAUUCCUUGGACUGAAGCUCCGUGCUACAUUAAAAUAACAGGAAUUUCAUCUCUUGAUAAAUUGGUUUAUGGAAAAGAAUAUAGUUAUUUGACCAUUGAGGGAAAUAAUAAGGAUACAAAUGAUAGCACGGUUUGGGAUGUGCUAGCUUUUCAUAAUCUAACUGGACUAGAGGACUUGUACCUGUACCGGUGCCAAUCUCUGCCACUGCAUUACUUACAAAUACUAUCAUCCCUAAGGACCCUACAUAUGUCUUAUCUGAGUAAUGUCUUUCCACUUGUUGAAGCUGACAGCCAUGUCAAAUACCAGUUUCCAGUUGAAUCGCUGGCCAUCAGGGGCGAGGGGAGUGCUAGUGGGAAAGAGUUGACACAGCUACUUGUCUACUUCCCAAACCUCUCAGAUCUGAAGCUGUGGUUCUGUGCAAAGGUAACAGGGCUGGCUGUGAAUGUGAGGGGACAGCACGCAACAGAGACGCCCGGAACAACAACUUCAGCUAACAAAGAGGAUCAGCAGCAGGAUGCAAGAGCAAAUGUCGACGUAAUAGUCGCAUCAGAAGAAGCAGAACAUGGCCUAUUGAUUUUGCCUCCCCAACUGCAGGACCUGGAGAUCCAUGGCAGCCCAAAGCUGCGACUCCUUGGCUCCAAUCCACAUGACGACAGCAACAAAGAUGGACGAACUGGGCAAGGAGGAGGGCUCUGGGGUCUAAGCUCCCUCCGAAGGCUGGAAAUCGAGGAUUGCCCCGAGCUCCUGUCCUCAUACUCGUCUUCAUCCUUCUCUUCUUCUUUCCCCUUGCCCAACUCCCUGGAACACCUUAACAUUUCAGGAGCGAUCGGCACGGGGGCUGAACUGCCUCUAUCAAACCUCACUGCUCUCACAAGUUUAUCCAUAUACCGAUGUGGGGAUUUAAGAGGCGAGGGAUUGUGGUCUCUCCUCGCCCAAGGCCAUCUCAAAGAAUUAUUUGUUCGAGGAAACCCCAAUUUUUUUGUUGAUUCCGAACAGGAGAUUCCAUCCUGUUCCUCAAAACUGCAGAGGCUCGACAUAGAUGAUGUGUCUGGAUUCACUGCUGCGGCCAUUCGUCAUAGCCUGCUCUUUUCCUCGCUCACCGUAUUGAGUAUUUGUGGGGAUUACAAGGUGAAGAGCUUCACAGAGGAGCAAGAGGCCCUUCUGUUUGUCGACUCCCUCGGGGAUAUCACAUUUAUUUGCUGCCACAACCUGCAGUCCCUCCCUGAACGGCUACCUAGACAUCCCAACCUCAAGAGGUUACACAUCUGGGCGUGCGGAGCAAUCCAGAUGCUGCCCAAGGAGGGCCUCCCAAGUUCACUGCAAGAGUUGUAUAUCAGAGAAUGUCCAAAAAUCCAGUCACUGCCCAAGGUGGAUGACCUUCCAAGCUCCCUGCGAUAUUUAAAUGUCCGUGAAAGCGGAAGCGAGGAGCUAAGGAGACAGUGCCGCAAGUUGAUAAAUAUCAUUCCAAUAGUCGAAGUCUGA